AUGACUUCAACAUUAAGACAAAGGGGAUCUUGCACAGAUGUAAGAUCCAGUGGAGAUACUACUUCUGCUGAAACGAUACCUAGACUUUAUUAUUAUCACGAAAUAGAUGAAUGGCAACAAGACAAUCACUUUAUUAGAUCAGGAUACGUCAAGGAGACUUCGUCGUUUAGAGAAUGCUUUAAUUCAUUAUUCUAUUUACAUAACGAAUCGGUAAAUAUACAUACACAUUUGCUACCUUCCUUUUUUGUUUUGUUGGUUAUAAUUUAUUAUGUCAACUAUGAAUUGCCAAUUUAUGAUAAUUAUCUUGGAGUAUGGGAAAAAUUAAACUUUAUUCAAUUUGGAAUGGCUGUCACUGCUUGCUUAUUGAUAUCAUCGACAUACCACUGUGUUAAAUCAUAUUCACAUACAGUCAGUAGGGUUGGAAACAAAUUUGAUUAUUUUGGAAUAGUAAUCUUGAUUACAUGUUCUUUAAAUUCAAUUGUAUUAUUUUCAUUCUAUGAUGAACCCUUUUGGAAAUUCACAUUCGUUAUUAUAUUUCUUAUAUUAGCUAUUACAUGCACCGUAUUAACGUUGGAUCCAAGAUUUGCUACGAAUGCUUAUCGUCCUUUGAGGUCUUUAAUGUUUAUUUUAUUCGGAUUAUCAGGAAUAUUACCACUCAUAGCUGCAGUUAAGUUAUACGGAUAUUCUGCAGCAGUUGAAAGAUCGUGUGCUGGUUGGCUAGUACUUGAAGGUCUUUCUUAUAUAAGUGGUGCCGUGUUGUACGCUAUGAGAGUGCCAGAAAGAUUUACACAUGUAGAAGAACAUGAAACAAGUUUAUUAGACAAGCCUUUAAGCGGGAAGUUUGAUAUAUUCGGGCAUUCACACCAAAUUUUUCAUGUAAUGGUUCUAGUGGGAGCAUUCUGCCAUUGGAUGAGCUUGGUAGGUUGUUACCAUUAUUUACAUGAAGUUAUAUUGCCAAACGCGAUUUGA